UCCCGUAGCGUGGGAGUAACUAGGAAGUGAUGUCGGUAACUAAGAGAAACUGGAGGAAAGAGGAAACUCAAACCACCGACUGAGUUGAACAAACAUCGAGUAAAGGAAAAAGACUUCGCCUCCAGCAGCUGAUUCAGAUCUAUGGCUCUGCCGAACCUCUCGGCCCAUGGACCCAGCCGCUCCCGGACGCUGGCCGGUCAGUUGGCCCGGCAGCGGGAGCAGGAGGCCCGGUGGCGGCAGCAGUGGGAGCAGCAUGCUCGGUACUUCAGAGAGCAGAGCCUCUGCGGCCAGAGACAGGCGGUGUGGAGCUCCGGUCGGUCCUACCAGCGGAGUAUGUCGUCAUACCAUAAACAGAGAAUGAAGGAGGAGAAAACGGCAAAUCUGGAGCGGCGCAGGAAUCUGCUGAGGGCCAUGCUUCAAAAGGAACAAGACCAGCUGGAGGCCGAGCUCCGAGAACUGGUAACUGACAGGAAAACACUGACAAGUCAGUAUUUGCAAAAAACUGAGGAGCUUCGCACAGCCAGAGAUGAGAGAAGGAAGAAGCUUGCACAAGAGCUGUUGCGGGAGCACUGGAAGAAAAACAACCCAGAGUUGCGAGAGGUCGACUCAGCAUUACAUAAAGAUCAUGUUGUCAGCCAAUGGCAGGAGCAGAUAUCUGUGAAGAAACAGCAAGAAGUGGCAGUGCAGGAGGAGACGACGCGCUUCGAAAAUGAAUAUGAGCGCACCCGAAAAGAGGCUCUGGAGCGGAUUAAACAGGUGGAGAAGAAAAGGAAAGCAGAGGAGCUCAAAUUAGGAGAAGAGCUCUGCAAACAGAUGGAAGAACUGAAGAUGAAGGAAGAAGAGGCCACUCGUCUAAAGAAGGAGCAAGAGGCUCUGCUGGUGCAGCAGUGGGAGCUGGAGAACAUAGAGGAGGAGAGAAGGAAGGUGGAGGAAAGACGAAAGAAUUCUGAGAUGGGAUAUUUCUUGAUCCGUCAAUAUCGAGCUCAGUUGAAGAGAAGAGCGCAGAAAGUGCAGGAGGAACUGGAGGCCGAUCGUAAGAUCCUGGCAGCUUUGCUGGAAGGAGAGCAGGAGGACGAGAGGCUGGAGACUGCACAAAGGGAAAGGGCUGUCGCUGAUGUUGCCUGGAUGAAACAAGUGAUUGAAGAGCAACUUCAGUUAGAGCAAGAACGGGAGGCUGAGUUUGACAUUUUGCACAGAGAAGAAGCUCAGCGUGUAUGGGAGAAACGAGAGGCAGAGUGGGAGAAGGAGAGGAAAGCCAGAGAGCGUCUCAUGCGUGAGGUGCUUGUGGAGCGACAGCAGCAGUUGGAGCAGAAGGUGCAGAAGAACCGCAAGGCUCAGGAGGAGUCACUGAGGAGACGAGAAGAGUUGAUCCAGGAGCUGGAGCUGGAGAAGGACAUCAGACGUCAGGAGAAGGAGAGAGAAGAGGGUCGCAGGACAGCAUAUAUACAAGGGUUAAAUGCUCAGGUGGAGCAGCAGUGCCAAGAGCAUUGGGAGAAGCAGUGCCAGAAAGAGCAGGACGAGGAGGGAGAGAGGGAGGCCCUUCAAAUCCAAGAGGAGGAGCUGAGGCUGGAGACGCUGAGGAUGGCCAAGAAAGGGUAUCAGGAGAAGAUUCACAGCAGACCUCGUUCCGCCUGGACAUGGGGAACCUAAAACUGUGGAGUUAAAACAGAUCUGUAUAUUUAUGUAUUUAUCUAGAUGUGAUUAUCCUUAAAGGAUUGGUUUCACAUUUUUGUGUCAAGUGUGUCUUAAAACAAUACUCAAAUGCCAAAUUGAAAACACUAACAAUUAUUGAUUGCUGUAAUUGUGCCUCCUGUCCAUACCAAGGUUAU